UUGUUGUGAUCAAAAUUUGGCAAUUUUUGUUUUGUGUGCUGUAUAUCUUUAAAUCUAAUAGUACAUAUUACAUAACAUAAACACAGUGCUUGAUUAAUAUUUCUUUUGGUUCAGGGAAGGUGCUGUUUUAUUAAUAUCUUUAUCGACACCCCUCUUGCUACAAUGGUUUGUUCCAUCAUGGACACUUUUUACUGACGGUAAAUGCUACUACUCAAUGUUUCUGGGCUCCAAACAUGAAAAUUUUAAUAGGACAUUGACAGCACCACGGCAUCAUGAGCGAACUGAAGGACUGCCCCCCGCUGAAGUACUACGACUUCAAGCCCGUGGAGCACGUUAAGUUGUGCCCCCGUUACACCGCAGUGUUGGGACGGUCAGACGACGAUGGCAUCGGCAUCGAAGAGCUGGACACCCUGCAGCUAGAGCUGGAGACCCUGCUGUCCUCAGCCAGCCGGCGCCUCCGAGCCCUGGAGGAGCAGAGACAGAUCCUCACAGAUUGGCAAGACAAGAAGGGAGACAAACGAUUUCUAAAGCUGGGCAAAGACCCAGAUCCUGCGGCCCCAUCCCGCCAUAAACCUAAGAAGCAAAAACUGGAUGGAAAGGGAGGACAUGCACCAGGCCCAGGUCCUGGCAGACCCAAAUCCAAAAUCCUACAGCCCAAAGUUCAAGAGUAUGAUUUUCCAGAUGAUCCACAAGACAUCCCUCGCACUCCGAAGAACGAUGCACCCAACAGGUUCUGGGCGUCAGUCGAGCCAUAUUGUGCUGAUAUCACAAAUGAGGAGGUACGACUGCUGGAGGAGCUUCUUAAGCCUCCAGAUGAUGAGACUGAGUACUUCAAAAUUCCAGCUCUGGGGAAGCAUUAUUCCCAGCGAUGGGCCCAAGAGGACCUGCUGGAGGAGCAGAGGGAAGGAGCACGGGCCAACGACAAGAAGAAAAGCAUCAUGGGAGGGCCGCUGUCAGAACUAGAUGCAAAAGAUGUCGACUCCCUGCUGAAAAAGUCAGAAUCCCAGCAUGAAUCACCAGAAGAUGGGUGUCCCUUCUUCCCCCUCACACAGCGGCUGCUGCAGGCUCUUGUAGAGGAGAACAUUAUAUCCCCUAUGGAGGAUUCUCCAAUACCAGACAUAUCAGGAAAGGAUGCCAAUGACGGUGCUGGCACUUCUCCUCGAAGCCAAGGCAAAGCAUUCAGUGUUCCUCACACACGGUCCCUGGAGGCACGAAUCAAAGAGGAGCUGAUAGCCCAGGGGCUGCUGGAUUCCGAAGAGAGACCUGGACAGGGCGGAGACUCCGAGGACGAGGUCCUGGCAGAGCUGCAGAAGAGACAGGCAGAACUCAAAGCCCUGAGUGCUCACAACAGAUCCAAGAAGCAGGAGCUGCUCCGGUUGGCCAAAGAGGAGAUGCGCAAACAAGAACUGAGACAGAGAGUUAGGGUGGCUGACAAUGAAGUGAUGGAGGGAUUCCGGCGCAUCAUGGCCGCCAGGCAAAAGAAACGCACCCCGACUAAGAAAGAGAAGGAUCAAGCCUGGAAAGCACUAAAGGAGAGGGAAAGCAUCCUCAAGUUGUUAGAUGGAUGAAGAAUUCCUUUUUACGUUGUGCCCUUGUCCUCAUACAGAAUACAACUGUCCUGAAGUCAGUGUUGUUUUCACAGCAUGAAGCUUAAGAGCAUCCGGUGUCUCAUUUGUUGGAUUCAGUUCUGUGUUAAAUCUUUACCUUGUUUUUAUUUGAAAAUUUGUCAUAAAGCACAAUAAAUCUGCAUGUUUUUUAUUAUUUGUAUAUUUUAAUGUCCGAACAAAUCAGAGUAGUUGUGUGAACUUUAGUAUAAGUGUUCUCAUGUCCUAAAUAACUGAAGCAAGUCAUUUCUGAAUUAAAUGUCACAUUUUCUGUCAACUAUUAA